CAUCUCUAAAUCUAGGUGACAACCCUAAUCAGCUGCGACACAAAACUCGGGCUAAAAUUCUUGGAAUUCAAUACGUGGCUCCGUUUAUCUCGCACAAAUUGGAGAAGUAAUGUCUGCCGACAGGUAGCAGGCGCACCUGUUCAAAUACACUAGCCAUAAAAAAAUCCCGUACGAUGUGGACCUGUGUGUGCCAGUUGUGUUUCUAUCUGCUCUCGGCUAUUGCAGUUGCGGCCUUGUCGAUCGUGGCUGUGGUUCUUUACAAAACGAAGCCCUAUCCCAACAUUAAGAGGCACAAGGAUGAAGAGACCUUCCUGGAUCCGAACAGCAUAAAAACAUUCACCUUUCCCAGCCUUGAGGAUACCCCAAGUGUGGAGCUCAGUGUCAUUGUGCCAGCCUAUAAUGAGGAGCAGCGAUUGCCUGCUAUGCUGGAUGAGUGUUUGGCGUUCCUAGAACAGAAAUCCGCAGGAAAUCCUAGCUUCACGUACGAAGUAAUCGUGGUGAGUGAUGGCAGCCAGGAUGCCACAGUUAGCGUGGCCCUGAGUUACUCAAAAAAGCAUGGAGCAGAAAAAGUGCGUGUCCUGGAACUCAUCGAAAAUCGUGGCAAAGGAGGAGCUGUCCGCAUGGGCAUCUUAAGCGCGCGAGGUCGUAAUCUGCUUUUCGCGGAUGCUGAUGGAGCCACCAAAUUCGCAGACUAUGAUAAACUGGAGGUUGCCUUAAAGCAACUGGCUUCCGAAUGGCGAGACGAUGGCAUCGCUAUAGGAUCAAGAGCUCAUCUAGAAGACGAUGCAAUUGCCACGAGAAGUUUCUUUAGAACUAUUUUGAUGCACGGCUUUCAUUUCCUUGUGUGGCUUUUUGCGGUACGGUCAAUCCGCGAUACCCAGUGUGGCUUUAAGUUAUUCUCCCGGACUACGGCUAGAAAGCUCUUCACCAGUCUUCACGUAGAGCGAUGGGCCUUUGAUGUGGAGCUGCUGUACCUUGCCGAGAAAUUGAAGGUGCCCAUGUCUGAAGUUGCUGUUCGUUGGACAGAAAUCGAUGGCUCGAAAUUGACACCCUUCUGGUCGUGGCUACAAAUGGGCAGAGACUUGUUCAUGAUCUGGCUGCGUUACCUGGUGGGCGCUUGGCGGAUUGCCUCCAUACAGAAAAAGGAGAACUGAAGUGGAGGUCGAGGGAAUCUCAUUCCCAAUAUUAACUAGCAUUUUGUGUAGAAACCUCUUCGCUAUCGUGCAUUACCAAAAGUCUUUUAACUUUAAAUUCUAUUUUUGUAGGCCUCAUAAAAUGUAAAGAAUACUAACUAGUUAAGUACUUAAGUACAGUAUUUUUUCAAAUAAAAAAAGAUUGCUCUGGUAAAUAAACCUUUGGAAUACGUUGCACAAAA